ACUUUUGGUAAAUCGCGAGCAUCAAGGAUACCUACAUCGUAAUAAAUACUAAUAUCCGUUGGCAACGUAUCUCUUGCGUCUGCAUAUACCACAAUGUCAUCACCCCCAAAUACCAUCAAUGUACCCAAAAAACGCCCAUCGCUCUCCGUACCUCAUAACCAAGCCAAACGCCGCAAACCUUCUACCGGCCCGUCAGCACUUCGCCAGACCUCAUUCCCUCCACCCGAGCAAUAUAUAGCUGCUGGAUCCCCUGGAUCCGUCACUACACCACGCGGAUAUGGUUACUCACGUUCACCUAGUGUCGAAAGUUCGGCCUUAGCCAGCGUCGCAAAUGGUGCAGAGGGGAGCAUAACUGGAAGAGGACGCAAACGGAAGCGAGGAGGAGCGACUGCCAUUGCUGACGAUGUUCGAAGUGCGACUGGUACGAGUACAAGGGAUAACCGCGGUGGAAGCCCCGCAGAAGGUGAAGAAGCUGAGGAUGAAGACGAAGCUGGCGGCGAAGACGUCGAGGUGAAUCUCGAAGGCGACGGAAAGCAAGAUCAGGCUACACAGCAGCAGGAGCGGGAACAUUUGAACAUGCUCAUGCAAGCCUUGUCUGAUGACCAACGUGCCCGUUAUACCGUAUUUCGUGCCAUGAAGCUACGAAAAGACAUCCUGCGUAAAAUCACGAACCAAACAGUCUCGCAAUCUGUUCCGGCCAGCAUCGUGAUGGCAAUUACUGGUUACACCAAGACCUUCAUCAUAGAUCUGCUUGACGCCGCUAUGCAGGUGCAGCAAGAAUGGGCAGAAGCUGCAGAUCCGAAAGAGAGAUAUCCUGAGGAUGCCUACCAAAAGUUGAACCCACCACCACCACAGCAAUACAACUCGGCGCCGACUAAUCUAAUGUAUCCAAAGCCAGUGAAGCAACAAGUACCACAAAAGACUAUUGGAGAGUUGUGUGGGAAGGAGGUCGGGCCACUUUUGCCUGAGCAUUUGAGGGAAGCAUUGAGGAGGUAUAAGAAGAGUCAAGAGAGCAAAGGUACAGGAUUCAUAGGCUUAAGCCUGGAGGGGCGAGAGACGACUGCAGCGAGAACGGGAGGGAAGAGGCUUUUCAGGUGAGAACGUCAUGCAGAUGGACUAUGGAUUAGUGUUGCAUGUGGCCUUUGGGGGUACGCGUAUAGCAGGGAGAGGUAUAGGAAGCUACUACUAGCCAUUAACUAGAGCGUAUGGUCUUAACGUGAAUCGAUUAAGCACACUACAGAGAGGAUUAGCGCAUCGAUAGAUUGUGCCAGCUAUGUUUCAUCCAGCAUGCUUAUAGCUUUUGUUCAGCUACCCUAAUAUCUGUGAAAAGAACACCGCCAUGACCGCCGUGACCGCCAUGCGACC